AUUCUCGUUGAUUUGUUUAUUUAGAAAUAAGCCAUAUAUUACGUUUCUGUUUUUAUUUCCCGGCAUGCUCUAACAUUCCUGUCGUCGCGAAGGUAAUGGCUGUCUGAGGAUGUGUUGUUAAGGGAAGACUUAAUGGCGAAAAACGUGCGCAACAUCUAAAGUACGGCAUUGUUUCAGAAUGACAAAUUUUGUAAUUGUUAAAUAAUGACAAAUGCAUCCAGUUGUUGUCAUUUACAUGAGGAUAAUCCAGACUUAAUCAAGAAAUUUCCUUUUAAAACUGAGUAAACAGCUCCCUUGAAGGAUGGCUACACAGGCAGCGGUCCACCAGCGGAACCUGGAGAGUUCCAUCCUGUUCAUGCAGCAGGAACAUGCCACAACACUCAAAUGUCUUCAUGAAGAAAUACACAAUCUACAGAAAAAGUGCUCAGAUUUAACAUUCCAAAUCACAAUGCAAGGCUAUGGCUUGGGAGAACCAGAAUCUGGCACCAAAACAAAUGAAUUACAGUCUCAACUAAUGGCUGAGAAGAAAGAAAGGAUCAAAGUUGAAACAGAAGUGGAGUUACGAGACAAGAAGAUCAAAGUUUUCGAAAGCGAACUUCAUGCUCAAAAGAAGAGGUAUUUAGGAGAGCUAAGAUCUCAGACUCAUACCAUGAACAAUCUGAAAGCGGAACUGGAGGCCAAAUCCAAUAAUAUAGCUUAUCUGACUUCUGAGCUUCACAGGUAUAAGCUCAAUAACAAAGUGGACCCAGGUGCUGAUACCACUAUACGGAGAACACAAGCCCCAAACUAUGUCCCAACUCCACCAACAGAUAUCAAGUCUACACUGCGGAGACAGUAUCGAAGAUAUGGAAAUGCAGACGAACUCCAGUCUCGUCCCCUCCGAGUCGCGUCGGGUAAAAGCAGCGGCUCAAGUCGAUCCGAAUCUCCAGACAUCACGCCGUUCCUUAAAACAGGAGAAGGUGUGCCGGUUAUUGACAAGCGGCAACAGACCUCAAUCCUGCCACCAAUUUCCAAAAUGGGUCAAGAGAGGAAUGCUGUGUUGGUACAUCAGGUUGUGUCAUCUCAGCAGCUAGGGAGGCGAAAGGCAGAUUCAACAUCUCCCGAAAUUGCAACAUUAGCAGUAGAACAAGUGUCGAGGGCGGAACCCGGGUUGGGUUCAUCAUGCCCAGGAGUCUCACAACUCGGAGUAUCAGUGAAAGUGUGCUUGCCAAGUUUCUAUGCCACGGAAGGACAAAUAUAUUGGAAGUAUUCUGUGCUGUGUGCUUUAUCAUUUUAUCCAUUGUAGAUCAGAUGUUGGGUUAUUAUGGGAUCAAACUUGUGAUGGCCGUCAUAAAUGAGAUUCAAAGGCUAUGGCGUUCAUCAUUGUUAUCUUCGGUUGAGAAAUGUUCAGGAAUUUUGCUAGUGUGAAAACCAAUGUACCAUGUGGAAAACUAAUGCUUUCAAAUUACUAAUAAGGGAAACUGUGUCUAAUGUGCUUAUUUACUAAUAUUACCUAAAGUUUUUAUCAUCAUUCCUUGGAUGUUUUAUUAUUUUUGUUUCACCAUUUCAUAUAUCAGCAGAAAUGAUAAAUAUUGAAAGAAAUCUUUUUUUUACACUUCCUUGAAAUAGUUUACCUAUUAAUAAAAAUGUCUCAAUCUUGAUAGGAUGAAUUAGUUUUGGGUAUAAUGGAAGGUAAAAUUAUCCUCACAAACGCAGAAUGGUAUGUAUGGUUUUGUUAAAGAGCAAAAUCUUCAGUGUCUCACUACAAAAUGACAGUUAAUGUCAAAGUAUUUAAUUAUGUUAAUGACCACAAUCAUCAUUUUUCAUGAAAUAUAUGCCUGUUGACUUGAGAGCUUAUGCGAUACUUAAAAUGUUUCAUAAGUGUCUUUCAAUUAACUCCUUAAUCCUGUGUAAGUCGUUACCAUGGGAACAGAUAUCUUAUUUCAUGCUGUGAAACAGAUCUGUAUGUAUGACUGUUUUAGUGUGUGUUAUUUAUUUUCUCCUUGCAUAUAUGAAAGAGUGUUUCAUAGUACCUGUGAAUUAUACAUAAUAUAUUGAUUGUUUAGGAUUUGUUUAGUUUUAGUACAGUAACAAGUACAAGUAUUGUUAAUGUUGAGUUCAGGGUGGUAUUAUGAUGUUCAUUUCCCUCAUUCAUUAAACAUGAUUCUACACCUAUUUACAUUGAAGAUAUGUGACCAUAGUAAGGCGUUAUAACCAUAUGAAAUAUUCCUGAACUUUUUUUUAAAGAUAUUGAUAUUUUGGUGCAAACUAUAAUCACAACCAUAUAAACAUUUGAUCCUCACUGCUGCAGAUCUAUGCAAUCAAUCUUCACUUUCUUCGUUCUCACCAUUCUUGCGAUUUGUGUCAUGUAUACUGAACAAAAGAAGUUGAGGAUCAUGAAUCUUUCAGGGAUAUUUAUGUGCUCAGUUUUCAUUGCUAAAAAAACCCCCAAAUAUUCAUGAUCUUUUAGUUGUUUUGUUCAGUGUGUAUUGAAUGCCACGGUAAGCUGAUCACUAUAACCAGGUUCACUAUACAUAUAAAUUAUAAGCCUAUCAAAAUUCGUGCUGUUCGUAUGUGUCAUCCACAAUCCGUAUUUACACAAUAAAUAGAUGAGGACCUUGUUCAUUGUGCAGUGUUGAUGAUGCCAAUAUGGCGACAAUGGUCCAUUUUCCACCUAGUCUAUGAUAUGUCAUAAUGCUGUUUACGUUGAUUUCUUUCCUCGUGCCCCUAACAGCACUGUGAUAAGUAAACUAUCGCAGAGAAUGUAUUAUUAUUUAUGCUUUGUGAUUGAUAGUUUUGAAACCUAGGCCCUGUUCCACAAAGCUAUCGUAGCGCUAAAAUGAUCGUAACUCCCAAUGCUUCACCCAUUGAAACUAAGAAUUUAAAAUCCUAGGUUAACAUGUUCACCAGAACCUCGCUGGGAGGUCUUGUCAAGUAUGUUCACAAAGGGGUACGAUAUCAGUGGUGUAACCUGAUCUUAAUGAGAUCGGUGCCGUGUCACAAUGGAUGAAGACUGAUUGUGUGAAAAUUGAAUGCAUGUUGCAUAUGUUUAAGUUAUGGACUUAGCGUUAAUAUUAUAAUUGCAGAAGUUCGCACAAUUACACAGGAAGGUAACUAAUAAAAAUUUAUUAUAUCACUUUCAAAUUUUAUGUUCUUAAACAGUAGAGAUACGAUGAUGUAUUCAUCGUCUAUUUAAUCUUUACAUGUUUCAUUUAGGAACAUGUAGCUAAACAAAAUUUAAACAUGGCUGUCUGAUUAGAGAGUGUGGUUUAUGAAGUGUCCGCUUUGGUCGAGAACAGAUAUAUAGACUGCUGACUAGAUAUGGUGCUGUUUGUGUAACCAGUUUUCCUGUAGCUUGGUAGAGUGAUUAGAGUCACUUCUAGAGCCUCAGCUAUUGGGAUAUCAAGAUACGUAUAUGUUAAUGAUAUACUGUUUUAUGGGGACUUGUAGGGCUGGCUAUCAAUGUAGAUCAUAAAGAUCAAUAAAUAUCAGAGACGAUACGUCAAGCAAAAAUGAGCAAAAAUGUCAAAAAUGUAUGAAGAAAAUGAAUAUAUUUCACAUCGCUGGUUUAUGCAUGGAUUAUUACCAAAACUGCAUCCUGAACAUACUAAUUAUUUAGAAGCAGACCAUGAAUAAAAUCAGAUUUGUAUAUUGUGUGAAAAAAUUAAACCUUUUUUCUUUCACAAAAGUUAAUGUACAAUAUUAUCGACAACACAAUUUUCAUAACGAUACUCUUAAUAAUGUUUAUGUUGACGAUAUUUCGGAUCAUUGAUCAGGCCUAGGACCUCAUCUCACACAGUUUUAGUGAAGUUAGAAACAUCUUGAAUGUAUCAUUUUGUUGUAUUAUGUAUUUAUAUUUGUACAUAUUUAUAUCAACAAAAUGUAUAAAUCUAUGGCUCACAGGAUACAAAAUUGAAUUGCUUUUCUCUUGCUCAAACCAUCACCUUUAACUGCUUGAUGUGUUUUUCAUCCAAUAGUUUUGUAACUCAGAUUAUGCAAAUUAUUUCUUUAAACGAAAACAUUGAAUCUGUUUAAUCUGAUAAGAACAGUUUCAUUAAAUUUUUGUCUGUGAUAACUAUGGUCAGAACAAGGUUUUGUUAAGCAUUAAUCAUAUCAUCAGGUUUUCAUUUGAUCACUCCCCGCCGUGGCAUUGCUGGAAUAUUGCUAAAAGCGGCGUCAAACCAUACUCACUCACUCACUCACUCAUGGGAUCACUGACCAGUUUCUCCUUGUGGUAAGUGAUUAUUCAGUCAUCAUUUGUAGAAAGAUUCCCAUCAUGCAUCUUGCAUAUAUUAAGAGACUGGGCCUAGAUUUUCAAAGCUCUCUUAACGCUAAGAUAGUUGUAAGUUAAUGUUAAUGAAUGUCUCUUACGACUAUCUUAGCGCUAAGAGAGCUUCGAAAAUCUAGGCCCAGCUUAAUAGGGGAUUGGUUGGUGCAAUGUGGGUCGAGGAUUGUUCAUGCUGUCAGCCACUGUUUUAUCAGGUCCUGACUCCUUCACAGGCUGCGGUGAUACAGCUGCGGUAUAGCUGUGAUACAGCUGCAGUACAGGUGUGAUAUUUCUGAUUCUGGUAUUCAACACCUACCCUCUCAGUCACUUAUUUGAAGCGCCCAAUAACCUGAAUUGUUACCCUCAAGAUAUGUGAUAUUUAGUCUCAUCUCAUUUUGAUGCUGACAUGACCAUGGUUCAGCCAAGUGGUUAAUGCUUUUGCUUGUAACACCGAAGACAUGGGUUCAAUUCCCUCAUGGGUACUCUGUGUGAGACGAUUUUGGUGUCCUCUGCAGUGGAUAUUGGUGGAAUAUUGGUAAAAGCACCCAUUUUUGGAAAAAAGAUAUGAAAAAAUAUGCUUUAAAAUGAUGGGAGGGAGAGAAUUGAUGGGGGGGGGCACUUUGUGCAUAUGUUUUAGGGGGGUUCGUCAUUCACAUUGUACAUGCUCCCCAUAAAAUUCAUCAUCAUAUCACACACACACACACACACACACACACACACACACACACACACACACACACACACACACACACACACAAGCUAUAAAUUAUGAGCACUCCCUAAAUGGUUUAUCUUUAUCAGAUCCUAUUGUUCUGUGGAAGCAAAUACAUCAGCAUACUUCAUAUACUGUUACCUCAUUCACUAACACAUAAAUUCUAUAAUAGUCUAUAAUGGUCUUGUUAAUAGUCCUUUAUGAAAUCUAGUUACAUUGAAUCCACACUGAAAUUUAGUUAUAUUGAUACAGCAAGUUUGGGCCGUUAAAUACAAAUAGUUUGGGCACUGACUGCAUAUUAGCAGAUUUUUAAUGAGUAUAGGUGUGAUGGGGUUGGACUUUUUGAAGUGUUUGUUGUCUCACAGAAGAUGUUCAGUUUGCCACAUCGGUCCUGAGUCUGAAAGCUGUACCUGGUUGCCCAGUCAUGUUGCUGCAGAAAGCAGCAUAAAACAUUCACUCACUCACUAAUCAGUAGUACCAAAUAAUUCCAUAGACUUAAGACCGUAGCCUGGCUAAGAUUGGUGUGCCAAUGGGUAAAUACAGGCUGGAAACCUCUCAGAUUCCACCCAAAGUCCCACAUAUUUACUCAAUGAGCUCCGAUUUCACUGCAUUGUGAAGAAAGGUCAUUUGUUGAAUUAAUGGCAGGUGAUCAUUUGUGAUACUGACUAUCUCUAAUAUAUCUAUAUGUGCAGUAUUUGCAAUCUUGGAAUGUGAUAUUAUAACAGGUUGGUGUGAUAAGAGUUUUAAAACACUGUCUACAUUUUCCAUUUGCCAUGAUGUUUAUCAUGUUUCCUGAAUAAGAAAUCUGUGUAACUGCUUCUUGACAGUUGCAGUAAGCAUUAUAUCUGUUUUUAUUUUCAUCCCUUUGUCUUUUAUUUGAUGGAUGUAACAAUGGCUCUUAACAAAAUUAUUCCUGUUAUGUUUACUUAUUUAUUUUAUGUUUUCAUAAUGUCCGUCCAAAGUCAACAGAUGAUGAAUUCCUAUUUUUGAAAAUCCUUUUGAUUUUUGAACUGUUGAAUGUCCCAAUUUUGAAUAUCGUUUCAAUGCAGUUAUCAGUAUUGUUUUAGGUAUUCAUUUAUGUGAAAUAAAUAUAGGGAGGUUUGUCAUCAAAAGUU